AAAUCCACGUAAACGAUUGGAAUUGGACGCCGGGGAAAAUAGACGAACUGGUGUAAUUUCUUAAAUCCGGUCUCUAAAUAAAUAUUUUCAAACAAAAUGGUGAGCCUUUUGCAUGAAAUUGACACCGAGCAUGAGGACAUGGUUCAUCACGCAGCACUGGACUUCUACGGACUGCUGUUGGCAACCUGCUCGUCAGAUGGCAGCGUCAAAAUAUUUCAUUCGCGCAAGAACAAUAAGGCGCUGGCCGAGUUAAAAGGCCACCAGGGUCCGGUGUGGCGUGUGGCUUGGGCUCAUCCAAAGUUUGGAAGCAUUCUGGCCUCGUGCUCCUAUGAUCGCAAAGUGAUAAUUUGGAAGUCCACAACGCCCAGAGACUGGACAAAGCUAUACGAAUACAGCAACCAUGAUUCCUCGGUAAAUUCUGUAGACUUUGCGCCGCCAGAAUAUGGCUUGGUUCUUGCUUGCGCCAGCUCGGACGGCUCCAUUUCAAUAUUGUCUUGUAAUACGGAAUAUGGUUCAUGGGAUGCUAAAAAGAUACCCAACGCGCAUACGAUUGGCGUCAACGCUAUCUCUUGGUGUCCGGCCCAAGCACCUGAUCCAGCUUUCGAUCAGCGCGCCACGUCGCGUAAUACGGCUGUAAAACGGAUCGUCAGCGGCGGUUGCGAUAAUUUCGUUAGGAUCUGGCGCGAGGACAACGACCGUUGGGUUGAGGAGCAACGCUUCGAGGCGCAUUCGGAUUGGGUGCGCGAUGUGGCCUGGUCACCAUCUAUUGGACUGCCACGAUCACAGAUUGCGACGGCAUCCCAGGACCGUCAUGUGAUCAUAUGGAGCAGCAAUGCCGAUUUAACUCAAUGGACCUCGACUGUCCUGCAUACAUUUGAUGAUGCCGUUUGGACUGUCUCCUGGUCGACCACUGGCAACAUAUUGGCCGUCAGUGGCGGCGAUAAUAAUGUCUCUUUGUGGAAGGAGAACAUUGAGGGUCAAUGGAUACGUAUUAACUAUGAGUCGGGCACUGCCAUUCAAGCAAAACAGCCGUCACAUCAUCCACAAAUACAACCGCAUCCGGCGCACUCUUCCGACUCUGAGCAUAGCUCGAACUUAUCAAAUUCAAAUUUGUCGAACUCUCAGCUAUCAACAUAGAACGUCAGUGGACAAUGUUAUCUAUCAACUAUGCUCUACAUUUACCAUUAAAUAAUCAGUUAUGUGAAAAAGA